AUGGGAGUUCGGGAUUCUCAAGGGGAGGUCACUGGGACUCCUGACCCUGUCGAGAAGGGCUUUGCCACCCUCACCACCAUCCGGAUCGGUGUCAAGGCGAUGGUACACAAGGAUGGCGAGUUGAGAAAAGCAGAAAUUCUGUCGAUCAGGCAGCGUAAAGAUGGUCCUAGCUUCUAUGUCCACUAUGUCGAUUUCAAUAAACGUCUAGAUGAAUGGAUUGACGCUUCUCGACUGGACCUAUCUCAUGAAGUUGAGUGGCCUCAGCCGGAGAAACCAGAGAAGAAGAAGACCGGUGCUGGUAACAAAGCGCCGAGCAAAAAUGCGCAGAAGCGUGCGAGAGCCGAUAGUCGUGAUGUCUCUGCCACUCCAGAUCUUCUCACAGGCAAGAAUGUGAAUGUUGGCAAGGCGCAACGUCCGUCCAAGGCAGGUGGCAAAGAGAACCGUGACGGAACUCCUCUCAAUAUGCCUAUCGUCACUGCAGAGGCCAUCUCAACGGACGGAACCCCUAAGGCGGAGUCUGAUGAUGUUGAAAUGGUUGACGUCAGCUUCACGGACGGCAAAAGCUUCAAAGAAGAGGAGAGAGCGAUGGGACUCAUGUCGCGCGAAGAAGAGAUCGAACGGCUGCGAACGAGUGGUAGUAUGACACAGAACCCAACGGAAAUCCAUCGUGUUCGUAAUUUGAAUCGUCUUCAAAUGGGCAAAUACGACAUUGAGCCCUGGUACUUCUCGCCUUAUCCCGCUUCCUUCUCAGACGUUGAUAUCAUCUAUAUCGACGAGUUCUGUCUGAGCUAUUUCGACGACAAACGGGCCUUUGAGCGCCACCGUACAAAGUGCACGCUUGUCCAUCCUCCUGGCAACGAGAUAUACCGCGAUGACUACAUCUCUUUUUUCGAAGUUGAUGGCCGCCGUCAGCGGACGUGGUGUCGUAACCUUUGUCUGCUGAGCAAACUCUUCCUUGAUCACAAAACCCUAUACUACGAUGUCGACCCUUUCCUCUUCUACUGUAUGUGCACGAGAGACGAGACUGGCUGCCAUCUUGUGGGCUACUUCUCCAAGGAGAAGGACUCCGCGGAAGGCUACAAUUUGGCUUGUAUCUUGACACUACCUCAGUACCAACGGCGUGGGUUCGGUCGGCUGCUUAUCUCCUUCAGCUAUGAGCUCAGCAAGCGCGAGGGAAAGCUCGGCUCUCCUGAAAAGCCGCUCAGUGACCUUGGUCUACUGGGUUACCGUCAAUACUGGCGAGAAACGCUCGUCGAAAUACUCAUGGAACCUGGACGAGAAACAGUCAGUGAGAAUGAGCUCGCUCUAUUAACUUCGAUGACUGAGAAAGACGUCCAUGAGACCCUGGUCGUCCUGAACAUGCUGCGGUACUAUAAAGGGAACUGGGUCAUCGUUCUCACCGACUAUGUGGUUGAACAGCACAGGAAGCGUCUCGAAAAAGAGAAGCUCAAGGGAGCUCGCAAGAUCGAUCCAGCACGCCUUCAGUGGAAACCUCCCGUGUUCACUGCUUCAAGCCGGACAUGGAACUGGUGA